AUCGCAGUUUCUAUACAAGAGGCGGGGCUAAGUAUUGGGAAGAAGGAUCGUUCCAGAUGGUGGGGUCUUGUACGGAUACAAGUUAGGUACUUUGUCGACCGAGGGGUUAGUGGGGUCGAUUUCGAAAUCGAUAACCCCGCUAUGAGCUUCGAAAUUUUAUUUUUCUCAAGCUCUACCUCUCUGGGUAUCGUGUAACGACGUCAAUUAUAUCUCGCUGAGACGAAUAAUUGAUGCUCGAGGCCAGUCGUUGUCAAAGGUAACCGAUACCACUUCUAGUUUGACCACUCCGGUAAACUAAUUGAAGUUAUAUUGUCGACUUGUGAAUAGAUCCAUUGCUCUAUUGCAACUCUUCUCUUACUCACAUUGAAGCGCGCUAAAGACAAGUUAAAUACGUCGCCAUGUCGGAAUCUCAGAGAAUUGCUAUCCUCUCCGUCUUUGAUAAGACUGGAUUGUUGGAUCUAGCUAAGGGUCUCGUGCAGCAGAAUGUGCGAAUUCUUGCAUCCGGAGGUACAGCUAAGAUGAUUCGCGAGUCUGGAUUCCCAGUCGAAGAUAUCUCAGCUAUCACAAAGGCCCCAGAAAUGCUCGCCGGAAGAGUCAAGACCCUUCACCCGGCUGUCCAUGCUGGUAUCCUCGCACGUAACCUAGCUUCUGACGAGAAAGAUCUUGCUGAGCAAAGUAUCAGCAAGGUCGACUAUGUCAUUUGCAACCUAUACCCAUUCAAGGAUACGAUCUCCAAGCCCAAUGUCACUGUUCCCGAAGCCGUAGAAGAGAUUGACAUUGGAGGCGUUACACUGAUCCGUGCAGCUGCCAAGAACCAUGCUCGCGUGACGAUCCUUAGCGACCCGAACGAUUAUGCUGAGUUCUUAAAGGAACUCGAAAGUGGAGAGAUUAAGGAGGCAAGCCGUAAUAGAUAUGCCCUCAAGGCGUUCGAGCACACAGCCGAUUACGAUGCCCACAUCUCUGGCUUCUUCCGUUCACGAUAUGCUGGCGAGGGCCAACAAUACUUGCCUCUUCGAUAUGGCGCCAAUCCCCACCAAAAGCCCGCUGCGGCGUAUGUGUCAUCAAACAACAUACCAUUCAAGGUUCUUAAUGGAGCCCCCGGCUACAUCAACCUUCUUGAUGCUUUGAACAGCUGGCCUCUAGUGAAGGAAUUGAAGGCCACGCUCGGAAAGCCUGCGGCUGCUAGUUUCAAGCACGUCUCGCCCGCAGGUGCUGCCAUUGGCGUUCCUCUAAGCGCCGAGGAGCGUAAGGUCUACUUUGUUGAUGAUAUUCAGGGAAUUGAGACUUCAGGGCUUGCCCAGGCGUAUGCUCGAGCUCGAGGAGCCGACCGAAUGAGCAGCUUCGGAGAUAUCAUUGCUCUUAGCGAUGUAGUGGAUGUUCCUACCGCUAGCAUCAUCUCUAAGGAGGUCUCUGAUGGUGUCAUUGCUCCCGGAUACGAAGAUGCGGCCUUUGAGAUCCUCAAGAAAAAGAAGGGAGGCAAGUACCUCGUACUUCAAAUGGAUCCCGAGUAUCAGCCCGACCCGACCGAGUUUAGAACCGUGUACGGCGUUACCCUCACCCAGCAUCGCAACGAUGUGGUGAUUUCUCCGGCUUCUUUUACUCGUACCAUUACUCCGAAGGAUUUUGCGCUUUCGGAAUCUGCUGCUAGGGAUUUGACCGUCGCUACGAUCGCCCUCAAGUACACGCAGAGCAACUCGGUGUGCUAUGCGAAGGACGGACAAGUUAUUGGUCUUGGAGCAGGCCAACAGUCUCGUAUCCAUUGUACUCGUCUAGCGGGCGAUAAGGCCGAUAACUGGUGGUUGCGCUUCCACCCCCGUGUUCUAGGUAUUAAGUGGAAGAAAGGCACUAAGCGACCCGACAAGAGCAAUGCCAUCGACCUACUGGUCAGCGGCGAGUUACCAAAGGGCGGAUCGGAACGAGAGCAAUUUGAAGCGGUCUUCGACGAGGUGCCGGCUGCCUUCACAGAAGAAGAGCGCAAUGAUUGGCUUAGCAAGCUAGGAGAGGUUGCCGUCUCCAGCGAUGCUUUCUUCCCCUUCGUAGACAACAUCUAUCGUGCGCACAGAUCCGGUGCCAAGUACAUCGCGGCCCCCGGCGGUAGUCAAAAUGAUGGUGCUGUUUACGAGACGGCUGAGAAGCUCGGUAUCGUCUUCGUCGAGCAGAACAUCCGACUCUUCCACCACUAAAAAGGGGAUGUCGUAUGAUAAAAUGGCGUGGAUUAUUUAACAUAACGGAUGGAAGGUCGUGGCUGGGAUAGAGAAAACCAAAAAGGAAGGGAGAACCAGAAAAUCAAAUAUCCAGCUAACAAUGGGAGUGUAGAUACCCGCGGGAUAUAUGUAUGACAGGGGGCAAGUGGGUAGGAGGAACUCUUGAUCUAGGAGUGUGAUUUUUUUGUACAAUCAAUCGAUGUUUCCAAACUAGCUAGUAGUAUAUCGAUGCACGACUCUAGCAAAUUAUGAAAUAGAU